AGCACAUUUAUCGCCAUGGUCGAGGGUCUCACGCGACUUGUUCGCGAGAUUGAGCGCGUCAUAACCGCACCUUAUGUGCCUUCACUCCAGGAUCUAUAUAGUCUGGCACAAAAUCUGGAUUCAUCAAAUAUCAAGAUAUGGACCCUGCAAAAACCAUGCCAAGUGGGUCUGUUAGCGGAUGUCCUGGUGGAAAGCUUGUCACGAUCGCGAGUUGCUUUACCAUUACUCUCCACAUUUGCUAUGACCACUUGCUUUCGAGAUACACUACUGAGUCGUCACCCGGCUGCAUUGGACACUUUCCUGGAGAAAGCCGUGGAUUCUGAGGAGUCGGACGUGGGUGAUAUCGACCUAGUCCUUGGGAACGACAAGCUGACCCUAAUAGUAUACUGCAGCAUGCGUUGCUCUGCUCUCAUCGCCUCUUCCAUCUGCCAUGGUUCCCCCGGUCGUCUUCACGGCUUCAUCACGAAGUUGGUUUCAGUCAUGGCGGGUAACCCUUGCGCAGAGACCGUGGCUCCUUUGCACAUGAUAAUGGGCACUUUGAAUGGCUCUCCUGGUCUUUUCAAUGAGAUCCCCGAAGAAACAAUGGUCAAUCUGCAGCUUGAAUUUACCAAAACCCUCCGCAACAUGGAAGACCAUAUGGGCAUCCUCAUGAGCCUCGCUACAUUUGCCCGCAUCGCGUCGACCCAGUCAGAACACCAACGCCCCUCAAAAAAACACGGAUCAGAGCCACCGACCUGGCUUUUAAAUAUUCAACAUUUCUUUGGCCCCAAACGCGGGCAGAAAACCUUGGACUUGGUUGUCUUGCGAGUCAUUUUGGCCUGCUCUUCAAGUAGCAGCCCUCUCACUCCAUCUCAAGCCGCACAGAGCAUCCGCCUCGCCAUAUCCAUCGUUGAUAAUAUUGACACUAGCCAGAAGAAUUCCUGGGUGGCGAGUGGCUCUUCGAAAGUCGCUAAGCUGUGUGAUAAAGUGGUCCGAGAUGGGCUGGAUCGCGAGGUUCAGCUUAUGGGCUUGACCUUUUUGUUGUCCAUAUGCCCGGUUGAAAACUUUCCCCCUCAAAUUCGCAAUCUGGGGCUACGACUUCUUAUUUCUACAGACAGUCGAGUGGCUUUAACCGCUAUGGAGUCUCAUCUAGUGAUCCGUCUAACACAGUCCCUGGCUGCUUGCGAUGAGUCCUUUGUUUAUGAGUUACUUCGAUUCACUGUCGAUGCCGUAAAAGACAACAACAUGAAUCGUGGCUCCUUGUCCAAUCUGCACGUCGCAAACUUAUUGCUUUCGAGCUUCCAGCAAGCCGAGUCCGAGCAAGCCGAGUCCCAGCAAGUUAUAUCGUCCUUGUUAAGCUCGACGUCUACAAAAGAGACCAUCGCAAGUCUUUUCGGUCAAUUCCCGUCCCAAACCAGCAAGGUACAGUGCGAGGGUUCAGAGAUAUGUUACUGUGCCUACACUUCAUUGCAGAAUCAUAUCCUGCGAAACCUGUUUGAGAUGUACUUUGCGGCCGCAUUGUCCCAGAACGGGAACGCAAGAGACAUUGAUAUUAUCAAGUCCUUUGUUGGACGCGUGCCAAUGUCGAUCGAAAAGUGUUCUUUUGCUAAUGCCGAGCCAAGCAACUUUCGAAGCUCUCUUCUCCUCCGCGACCGCCGGGAAUUCUCAUCACUGCAGCAUCCGAAUCGGGAUUGGCGAUCUCAAAUCACGGAUACCUUCAUGCAGAAUUCCAAAGUGGCGAAUGAUUCUAUGGUCCAAAAGGUGGAGGAUAUUUGUUUUGAUAUGGAGCGACGCUGCUAUGAUAUCGAAGGUCCCCUCCGCUCCGCCGAGGAAGAUCGGAACAAACAUAUGCUCGAAGCGGAGCAACUUCGGCGCGAAAAUGACAACCUCGAACAUGUUAAUAGACAAUCUGCACAGGCGAUGUCCGAUAUUCACCAAGAGAUGGCUCGUCUGGAGGAGCAAGCUGAAAGCGCAUGCAAUCGCGUGGAAGAGUUGUCUGCCUCACUCAACUCCGCACACGACAAACUCCAAGAACAAAUACUUCAUUCUGAAGAGAGCCUUCACUUGGAAAAAGACAGGGCUCGAUCACGGGAACUUGAUUUAAUCGCUACCUCCACAGAGAAAGAUGAUCAGCUAGAAGAACUACAGGAGAGGCUGCACCGUGUUCAAUCUGAGAAUGAAAAAAUGCGACGGUCACUGGAUGUCGGAGUGCAAGAAAAGGCAUCUUCUUCGGAAACAGUCGCAUUCUUACAACGUGAUAUCGAAGAGCGCAAUCAGGCCUUAGAGCAACAAAGGACUCUAUGUUCCGAAAAGGAGGGAGAAAUUCAACGUCUCUUAUCGGCGAACGGAGAACUUCAGAUGGAGACGGAGAAUAUGAAGUCCAUGGUUAGUCUGCACUGGCCUACGAAACAGAGCCAGGAAGCCGAGAGGCUGCAUGACUCGCUACAACAAGCCGAAGAAACAUCAAGGUUGGAGAGGGAGGCAAUGAGACAAAGGCACGAGGUCCAAAUCUCCAAUAACAAAGCAGAGGUAACAAAGCUGAAAGAGGAAAACAAACGUCUGCAUCGCGAGGUGCAAGAUGGCGCGAGCGAAGCCACAAAGAAGAUACAGGCAAAGGACAAGCGCAUGGUACAGCUGGAGAAGAAGGUUCAAUCCAUGCGGGAUGAACGAGAAGCCAAGGCCAGAGAAUUCUCCGAGGCCCAGCAACAUAUUGGCCGUUUAAUGGGAGUCAUGGGGUUUUCUGCACAGCCUGCACAGCCUGCAGAGCCCAAACCCCAACAACCAAGGAGUGCGAAGCAAUCUAAACCAGCAGCACGCCACCUCGAUACAUACAACGACGAAGAUUCACAAUUGGUAGAAUCAUUCGAGUCCAUGGCUUCUAAUUUUAACGAACGCACUCCUAAACGAGCCCGGGGAAACCGCCUUUCGCAUCCAUCGCAGCCUCAGCCCCGAACACAAGGUUUUCCGAUGUCAAAGUCGAGCCCCCAUAUUUCAGAGUCUGCAAGACGUUUGACCCGCAAACCGCUGGGCGAAGCUGAUCUUAACAGCCCGACCAAGUCUCCAGCUGCCAAUAAUUCAAAGCAGAAUCAGCCUCCGGCUGGGCCGACCGAUCAUUUCGAGGAUAAUUGUCUUCAGGAUUUGGAUUUGGAUAUGGAUUUGGAUAUGGAUUUGGAGUUUUCACGGGACUUUAUUUUCACUAGUACAGCCUUCUCGGGGUCAGAUGAUAAGUCGGCACCGCAAUGA